GGUCGCCGUUCUCCCACCCGCCCGUGCGUCCGCUACCUAUCUUUCAUUGCACGUACGAAGCGGGGGGAGGGGAGCCCGCGCGGCAUACGCGCCCGCGGAGCCAUCUUGCUAGCGGCCGUUCCAAUGCUCGCGUCUCGUGCCACAAAUCGCUCUUAAUUCGCACUAAUUACCCAUAAAAACACCUGAAAAACAACAAUAAACAGUGCUAAAACACCUCAAGACCCCCAAAAGGACGAAACACCGAACGUUGUUGACAUAAAUUGUGUGUUGUUGAUAUAUAUGUGUGCAUUCAACAUUUUCAACUGUCUAGGUGAGUAGUCAGUGGUCUUUGUGCGCGACAAUUAUCAUUCUGAUCGAUUCGGCGCGGGGGUGUGCACUCCGAGUUCGUUUUAUAUCUUUUGUUGUUUUGUAACGGUCUGAAAUCAAUAAUUUUAGUGGUGAGGACUCUAGUUGACCCGUGCGGACUGACGUGAGUGUGCGUUGACUUAUUUAUCGCGUUUCAAUUGAGAUUAUUUCUCACCGUGUGAAAGUACAAACUGUGCCUGUGUUUCAACGUUUUGAUACGUGUGAUCGUCGCUGCCAGCCACUUGUAUGUACAAAAUUGGAGGCGCCAUGCGCUAGUGCAGUGAAGUGUGAGUGCAGUGACCAGUGAAGUGACAUGAAGUGACACGAUGCGUGACAGUGACCGAGUGGCGGCCCGGCUCAUGAGCUCCUGAAUGAUAGCUACGGAUAACGGCGUGGUAUGGACAAGGAGAAUGGCGAGGGCGCCGAGGCUGCCGGCAAGCCGCCGGCCCCCGACCAGCUGCUGGACGCGGCUGGACUCUUUGGGGCAUACUGGGGCCGAGACGGCGGCGGUGGCGGGAGCGCGGCGGCGCAGGCCCAAGCGCAGGCGCAAGCGGCGCUGUUCGGCUUCGGUGGCCGCUAUCCGCCGCCCACCACCCUCGGGGUCGCCGCCAACCAGGCUGCUUCCCUUGGACUACACCCUGCUGCCAGCGCAGCAUGGUGGUCCAUGGCCUCCCACCUAGCAGCGCAGGACUACCUGGCCCGGCUGCAGGCAUCUGGCCUGAACUUCCCACCGCUCGCCGACCCGUACUCAGCGCUGUCGGCGCUGUCGGCCGCUGGACUGAAGCAGCCGAAGACCCAGCAGAAGCAACCUGGAAGGAAUGAGAGGUCAGGCCGCAGCAGCACAUCAUCCAGUACGUCCACCAAGGACAAGAGUCCUUCCACGAACACCUCCAACUCGCAGCCGAAUAUGAGUGAGUGGGGGUCAAGUUACGGUUUCCCAAAGACCUCGUCUCCAUCCACGAUGCACUCGCAAGCUUCGUUAUCAAGUCUGGCGUCUCUCAACAGCCUGGUCUCAGCUCCUCAUCAGUCUAAGUCGAGCAGCAAGCAGCCUUCCGCGCCUUCUCAGUCAAGUCGGAAGCCAUCUUCCUCGUCAUCUUCCAAAGGCAAAGAGCGGGACUUGGCGCUGCUCCGCGGCGAUCUGAUGCUCGCACAGGCGGCGGCGCAUGGCGCUUACCACGCGGCUGUCGCGGCUGCUGCUAAGGGGAAGAACAUGUCUCCUCUAUACCCCUUCGGCAUGCCAGGCUCCGAUAAAGACCGCCACGGUGGCAUCGACUCGCUUACCGGCCUGCCGCACACCAUACUGAGUGAUCCAUCUUCAGUGCUGGGCGGAGUGAGACUGCCUCCCGACACUGAGAUCAUCAAGUACACUUCCUCACUGGCGGGGCCUAAGGUGCCACCCGGGUCUACGAAUAGAGGGAGAAAGAAGACAAUAUCCUUGGACCCACCACAGGUCUCCGUGCACCCCUCGUCUGCCGACCGAAGCACCCCUGUCCCUAGCAAGAGGCAGAAAGUGGACGACUAUGGCAACUCGCGGUCGUCGGUGGAAGUGAUCCGACUGCCGAACAAACCGGACCGGGGCAAUUCGUUGUCGGGGACGCCGCCGCCGAAUUUGUCUGAUUAUGCGGGCAUCUCCCGCGAGUUACUGCAGACCAUUGCAAGCCAGAGUGGCGUCAGUUUGGCUGCGUUGGAGCGACAACUGGCCGGCUCUGCCAGUGCCGCAGAUUCGGGGCUAAACCUCAGCACAAAAUCGAACUCUGAAGACACUCCUCUAGACUUGGGACUGAAGCAGUCUAUGGACGAGGAUGCGCCUCUCAACCUGUCUCUUAAACCUACGCCACCAGCUACACACGCGUCAGAUGCGCUAUCGCGGCUGACGUCACUCAGCAGUUCGCUCAACGCAUCUGGCAACGAUAGGAUAUCUCGACGAAAGCCAGGUGCAAAGCCAAGGCGUGUGGUGCCUGAACUAAACUCGCAAGUUGCUGACCUACCGAGACCUAAAUCUAGCGGCAGCGAGGACAGUGAAUCGGUCCCAGCAUGGCCUACGCGGGAAGGCAGGCCUCGCAACCUAGGCCGCGGGGUCAGCAAGCCCAAGAAGAAUACCGUUGCCUCACUUCUGGCCCAAAGCCGGGCCUUAGGCCUCAGGCCGGCACUAGCCCAGCAACUACUGGGAGAGACUGACUUGGAGAAGCUGAAAGCGUUGUUAGGCGAGACUGCGAGCACGGACUCCGAGUGUCCCUCCGACAGCUGUCCGUCAGACUCCGAUGCCAGCGACACCAGCCGCCGCUCCAACGACGCGCAGUUACGUCUGCCGCUCGCACUCGGUUGGAAGAGGGUGACGGUGAUCAAGGGCCUGUCGCGCUCCUGCAGCAUCAAGGGCGACGUGAGCUACUCGCCGCCCGAGCCGCACGCCGCCGCCGCCAUCAAGAGCAUGCACGAGCUGCAGGCGUAUCAUUGGCUCUCGUCGACUCCAGAACAUUCUAGAAAAACAAGCGACGUUCGCCUGCCCGAUCAAUGGACAAAAGACGCGCGUCGCUUUCGCGAAGAUUCCAGAAAAACAAGUGACAUACGUCAUCUUAAAGAACAAAAGACGCGCGGCGCUUUCGCGAAGAUUCCAGAAAAACAAACGACGUUCGCCACCCGCUCGCUUAGCGGACGAAAGACGUGCGGCGCUUUCGCAAAUAAUGUAGAAAAACAAGUGACGUGCGCCCGCUCCCUCAACGGACGAAAGACAUGCGGCGUUUUCACGAAGUUUCUAGAAAAACAUGCGACGUUCGCCCGCACCCUUAACAAACAAAAGAACCGCAUCGCUUUCGCGAACCUUACAGAAAUAAACAAGUGA